CAGUUAGCAUUAUGUGGUGCACAACUCCCGAGAUUUCGUGGCACAACCGUGAUCCAGUUUUAAGUAUUGAUGUACAAGCUGGAAUUUACGAAACAUCGAAAGGUGAAACUUUUUGGCGUGUUGCGACCGGUGGUGCCGAUUCUCAUGUUCUGAUAUGGCAUUUAAGAAUGAAUGAAUCCGGCGGAGCGACAAUAAAAUGUGUAACCGAUUUAGAACGACAUCAAAAAGCUGUAAACGUAGUGAGAUUUUCACCCUCUAAAGAUAUUUUGGCCUCCGGGGACGACGAGUCGACUAUUGUUUUAUGGAAACAAAAGGAAGAUUGCGAGUUUCACAUUAUUUCUGAUGACAUUGAAAAUAAGGAGCAGUGGGUUUCUUGGAAAGUUCUCAGAGGACAUCUUGAAGAUGUCUAUGAUAUCAGUUGGUCUCCAGACUCUAGUAUGUUAAUAUCUGGUUCUGUAGACAAUACAGCAAUCUUAUGGAAUAUUCAUAAAGGGCGUUCCACUGCUAUAUUGUCUGAUCAUAAAGGUUUUGUGCAAGGAGUAUCAUGGGAUCCGUGCAAUCAGUACGUAUGCACAAUAAGUACAGACAGGAUGUGUCGUUUGAUCGAUAUAAAUACUAAGAAAACAGUCCAGAGAGUUUAUAAAGCUAAAAUUCCAACACCACCAGACCAUAUACUGAAAGACAAAACAGUGAAACUGUUCUACGAUGAUACAUUUAAAUCAUUCUUUAGAAGACUAACAUUUUCUCCGGAUGGAAUGUUAAUUAUCGUACCAUCUGGUAUAAUCGAUCCAUUAGAAACUACAGAGAGAAUAUCUAACGCGACAAUAGUUUUUUCAAGACACAAUUUGAAGGAACCUAUUAUGCUGUUGCCUUCUUUGGAUGAAAGUACCAUAGCUGUGAGAUGUUGUCCAAUUUAUUUUGAAUUGCAUAAGAAUGGUCCAACACCUGUGAUAACAUUACCUUAUAGAAUUGUCUUUGCUGUUGCUACACAGCAUUCUGUAUUUAUAUAUGACACUCAGCAAAUUUCACCGAUUGCUGUAAUAUCAAAUAUCCAUUAUACCAGAUUGACCGAUGUUGCAUGGUCGAGCGAUGCUAAGAUCUUGAUAGCAUCUUCGACAGACGGUUACUGUUCUAUAAUACACUUCGACAAAGGAGAAUUGGGCGAGGAGUAUAAAGACCGACGUACCACACCAAUGGAACAUGCUAACAAUAACAACUGCAAACAGCCUGCGGGAUCAAAUGAGAAGAAUAUUAAUAGCGUUACUGGAAUUUUACCGACCACUGACAUUGAUAACAGUGCAAUAGAUAUUGAUAUUAAAGUUGGGAAAGGAACGAAACGUUCUAGCAAAGAUUCAGGAAAUAUCCUUGAUAAAAACGAUAAGUCGGACCAAGUUACGGUCCAAGAAAAGAAAUCGAAUGACGAUACACAGACCGAAGAGACUGAAGACAUCAAAUUAGUUUAUAACGAAGAAAGUACUAGCAAAGAUAUAAAAGUUAAUCUGAAAAGUACACCGAAAGAAUCGGUGCCGCCGUUAAUAAUUCCCACGAAAACCCCGCGAAGAGUACAAUUAAUUACUCUUUCUAGUCCAAAAGGGCAUAAAAAGCACUAAUACUAGUAGAGAAAUAAGUACACAUGUUACAUAUAAUUAGACUGCGGAUGUUUACGCAUUUACAGCGAAUACAAAUAUACUGAACGCACUGAAACAAGAAUCUUAACAACGAUCAAUAAAGUUUUCGUUUUAUUAUUCAUGCAACAACUCACAAAUAGAUGAAAUCAAUUUUUCUUUG